UGAUUAAGCAAUUUGGUGUCGCACAAGCAUAUUGCUGUUCAGCCUCGUUCCUGGGUUCUGGUGCUCGCUUGCAGGCAUAUUGCACUUUAGCCACUUUAUGCGGCGACCACGGUCCGACUUAUAUUUGGGUCAUGCACUAUAUGCGGUCACAUGGUGACAUUCUGGAAUACACAUAGAAGAUAUAUGGUAUCGGUGUUGCAUACCUUCAGCUGGUCAUUUCUUGGGAAGAUUCAGCAAAUUCAUCAUCUGUUUAAAGCACCAUUAAUCACAAACUCAACAUGCAGUACUCAACUGCGGCUCUGUUAGCCUUGUUAACUAGCACUACUUAUGCUGCUGUGGGAGAUUGGCAGCAAUGUGGUGGUAUGAGUUGGUCUGGUGAGACCACGUGCAGUUCAGGUGCAGGCUGCGUCAAGAUCAAUGACUACUACUCUCAAUGUCAACCCGGUGCAGCCCCGGCGCCCACUGCGGAGCCACAACCCGACCCUGUGCCAGAACCAACACCUACAACCUUUACAACAGUCUCUCCAGGUGCACCCACUGUCAGCAGCACCCCAUCGGGAAGUGGGCCGGGCAAGACACUUCAAAGCGGCUACUAUUGGAUCCGUGCAGUCGCCGCGCCCAACUUCCACAAAUACUUCCAAACCAAACCCCUCUACUCGACAGGAUCAGCCCUCCUAGGCGACUACACCACAGCCGGCCAGUUUCAAGUCGUUGACGGUCAACUAGUUGAAUUAGUAUCCGCUCCCGGUGAGCCUGUCAAGCUUCUCUAUGCUGUGGUAUCCGAGGAGCGCUCUAUAAACGGCAUGUCUCUUGCUGUUAGCUUCUCCGAGAGCAAGAACACAUACGGAACGUUUGCAUGGGGUGGGGACGAUCUCCAAUGGAGUGUUGCUGGUGUCAAUCGCCCGAACAAGAGUGCGUGGUAUGUGUGCACUGGGCAGAAACUGUAUAUCAACUUGGGUAACUACUUGUAUCAGACGCCAAGUGGGUGUGCUGAUCAGACUGUGCAUUACUACAAUGAUAAGACGGCGAACAAUUAGCAAAAGAGAGAAGGAAGCAGGAUAUACGGUAGAGCAAGAAUUAUAGAUGCUGGGAUGGCUGAUGAUUCG